AGUGACGUCAGUGCUAUGGCCGGCCGCGAUGUGGGGCUUCUUCUCCCGGGAUCCGGUCAAGGAUUUUCCCUUCGAGACCAGCGGGGCUGCCGAGGCCUCGCUCGGUCUCUGGCAGCUGCACCAGGGCAGGAAGAAGGGUACCAGUGAGCCGGUCUCUGUAUUCGUAUAUGAUAUCAAGCCCAACUCGGAUGAGCAGACACAAGUGGCGAAGGCGGCGUUUAAGCGGCUGAAGACUCUCCGACACCCGAACAUCCUGUCCUUCUCUGAUGGGUUAGAGGCCGAGAAAUGCCUGUAUAUCGUGACCGAGCCAGUCACUCCACUUGGCAACUAUUUGAAAACAAAAGAGGCAGCAGGAGAACUGAACGAGCAAGAGAUUUCGUGGGGGCUGCACCAGAUUGUGAAAGCUCUUAGUUUCCUUGUGAACGACUGCAGCCUCAUCCACAAUAAUGUCUGCAUGGCGGCGGUUUUCGUGGACCGUGCGGGUGAGUGGAAGCUCGGCGGAUUCGACUACAUGUACACAGCACAGGGGGAGCCGCCGCCACCAGCGCCUUCAAAGGGCUUCCCCGAGCUUGAUAAAUAUGACCCGCCGGAGAAAACAGACCCGAGCGCCAGCAGAAGCGGAGCGGAAAAGUGGUCAGCGGACAUGUGGCGCCUGGGCUGCCUGAUCUGGGAAGUUUUCAAUGGACCUCUGCACAGAUCCUCUUCCCUCCGCUCCCUCGGAAAGAUCCCGAAGUCUCUCGUGCCUCAUUACUGUGAACUUGUUGGAGCCAAUCCCAAAAUCAGACCCAACCCGUCCAAGUUUCUGCAGAAUUGCCGGGGGCUUAAUGGCUUCAUGAGCAACAGGUUUAUAGAAACCAACCUUUUCUUGGAAGAGAUCCAGAUCAAAGAGCCAGUCGAACGGCAGAACUUUUUCCUGGAGCUGAGCUCGCAGCUGGACACCUUCCCCGAGAAUUUCUGCAAGCACAAGAUCUUGCCGCAGCUGCUGACGGCUUUUGCGUUUGGCAGUGCUGGAGCUGUCAUCCUCACUCCACUCUUCAAAGUGGGGAAGUUCCUUAGUGCGGAGGAAUACCAGCAGAAAAUUAUCCCUGUUGUGGUCAAAAUGUUUUCCUCAACAGACAGAGCAAUGAGGAUUCGUCUGCUUCAGCAGAUGGAGCAGUUCAUCCAGUACCUGAACGAAGCGACGGUGAACGGCCAGAUUUUCCCUCACGUCGUCCAAGGCUUCAUGGACACUAACCCCGCCAUCAGGGAGCAAACCGUGAAGUCGAUGCUGCUGCUCGCCCCAAAGCUCAACGAUAGCAACCUGAACAUCGAGCUGAUGAAACACUUUGCACGGCUGCAGGCAAAGGACGAUCAGGGCCCCAUUCGCUGCAACACCACCGUCUGCCUGGGCAAAAUCUCCUCCUAUCUCAACGCCAACACCCGGCACAGAGUUCUCAUCUCUGCCUUCUCCCGGGCAACCAAAGAUCCGUUUGCUCCCUCCCGGGCAGCUGGUGUCCUGGGUUUUGCCGCCACCCACAAUUACUAUUCAGUCAGCGACUGUGCUUAUAAAAUCCUUCAGGUGCUCUGCCCCCUGACAGCGGACCCUGACAAGAAUGUCCGAGAUCAGGCUUUUAAGGCAGUGCGGAGUUUCCUGGCAAAGCUGGAGAUGGUGUCGGAGGAUCCAUCCAAACUCCCCGAAGUAGAGAGAGAUGUCAACUCUGCUUCGUCGGGUCCCACGGCUGCCCUGACCGGCAGCUGGGCUGGGUGGGCUGUCACGGGCGUCUCCACUCUCACGUCGAAGUUUAUCCGAGGAAACCCGGUGACAGGAGGACAGUCAGCAGGAGGACAGCCUACUGCAGUACCAGCCGCUGAAGCUACCCCUGCAACAAGAGAAGAGGACAGACACAGCCCUGCGGCUACGCCCAUUGCACCAGCUCCCACUAAAGAGGCAGCAGAUAAGGAUGAAACGGCGGACAGGUGGGACGAUGAAGACUGGGGCAGCCUGGAGGAGACGGAGCAUUCGGAGGGACAUUACGGGAAGGAGGACUGGAGCGGUGCUUCUGACUGGUCACUGGGUGUAAACAGCAAGAAAAAGACCCGUGAGAGAAUGAAUAUCUCCACCGCUGAAAAUAAAGAGCCAAGUCCCAUAUCUCCUGAGUGGGACAGCGCUGGCUGGGGCCUGGAGGACAACUGGGAACCCAGGGCUGAAGCAGCUCCGGAUCAGACAUCCACUGGCGAUGACAACUGGAACACGGACUGGGAUAAUGAACUCACACUGAGUCAGAGCCACAGCCUGAAGGUCAAAGAUUCGGCGAGCCGGCAGGAGGUGCGGCUCGCAAGUGAAUACAACUGGGAUGGAGCAAGCAGCAUAGGCAGACAAGAGGACUUCUUUACCACGGCCAUUCAGGCACCUGCUACAAACCAGAAGAACGAGGAUGCGUGGACUGCUGAAGCCACUGCCGGCUGGGACACGGAGGACAAUUGGGAGUCAGUGGAAGCUGAGCCAGGAUUGAGUAAAUCAGAGAUCGCCAGAAAAAAGCGGGAGGAGCGCAAGAGAGAAAUAGAAGCAAAGCGAGCUGAGAGGAAAGCUGCCAAAGGACCACUGAAGCUUGGUGUCCGAAAAUUUGACUGAAUAAAGCGGCGAAUUCCAGACUGGUUGUUCUACAACAGUGCAGCUAUGUGCAUUCCCUCAUUCUCCGAAUAGGCCAGAUCCCCCUCAUCUGGAGGUCGCAAGGAGCCUGGUGCACUUCUGUCAAACUCAAAACAACUUUUCUCUUUAACCGUCUUCUUGAGCUGAUCUGUUUUCUUCUGGAGCCCCUGCUCGCAACUGAAUCCUGUCCUGUGCUCCAGGACUGUUAAGGGAUGAUGAAGGAAAAAUUGCACCCAACAGGACACCAAAGUAUCGUGACAAGUGCGUUCUACGUAUAUCGCUACAGUUGUUGGUUUCAUGAUAUAUAUUAUAGCUGGCUCUUCAAAAACCUGGAACCUUAAAUGACAAUUUCAUGCCCUUAUGUUCGAAUAUUCAUUGUGAGAUUAUAGUGCAAUUACAUGGCUGUGUAUUAAGAGAAAUUUUUUUUGGCUAACCAAGGGCGGUGAGACAUUUCACUUUUAUGUAUUUUACUGUUGGGAGCUGGAUAUGUGAUUGCAGAAAAUAUAUUCAUGUACAUACUGUGUCAUAUUACGUUGACAUUUUCAACUGUGUAUAAUUUUCUGGCGGGGUACGGGUUGCUAACUCAGCUUUCUUCCCCUCAACACUGAAGCAGCCAGAAUAGGCCUGCCUCCCCACCAGCCCCACACAAACCAAGAGCCGCAAUUGAGGAAGAAUAUGUUGUGAUAUCAGCGGUCAUUUGGAUAAAAUGCGAACUUGGCUAGGAGCGGCUUUUUUAAAUUAAAGGUACCUUCAGACAAAA